GUUCCAUUUCAAACGGUGAGCGGUCGCGUCGUUGCGAGCGGUAAAAGUAGCUUGAAUCGGUUAAAAAAAUUUGCCCAACUUGAAUUGUUUAACCAGUGCAUUUGAAUUACCCAAAUAGAGCCAUGCGCCUGCUGAUUUUCCUGCUGCUGCCACUGGUGGCCAUCGCCCAAGACGAUGACUACUGCUUCAGCAAGGACACCUCCCGGCUCCAGACCCGCCAGUUCUCCUCGAAGACCGCCUACCAGAUCGUCAAGGGCUCGGACAUCGAAAGAGAGUACAAGGUAUCGGAGUGCCAGCCCCAGAAGAUAUGGAUCUUCCACAGGCACGGCACUCGGCUGCCCAAGGCGAGCAUGAUCAACAAGGCGCCCCGGGUGGGAGAGCUGCGCGAUAUCAUUGUGAAUAACUAUCAAGUGGCCAAGUCCAAGCCGGAAACGGAUGAGCUGUGCCAGACGGACCUCGUUGCCAUCAAGUUUUGGAAGUGGAACAGCAGCAUAACGCCUGACAUGGAGGAGUACCUCACGGCCCAGGGUUACGAGGAUCUCAGGGGCACGGCCAAGGUGUAUCAGCGUUUCUACCCCAGUGUACUGCCACCCACUUUCAAUGAUACCUAUUACCAGUUCCGUCACACGGACACCCAGCGCACCACGGAAAGUUUCAAGGCCUUCGCCGAGGGCCUCUUUGGAUCUCAGAAUAAUGCCCAUCCGGUUGAGAUUCCCAAGGAGGAUCUGCUGCUUCGUCCCUAUGACUAUUGUCCUUCCUUCAAGGAUGUGAACUACAAGGGCGAGGGUUCCGAGUACCAGAAGUUCCAUCAGUCCAAACUGUAUAACGACACCUUGGCGGCCAUCUCCACUCGAUUGGGUUUUCUGUAUACCUUGAGUGAGGAUGAUAUCAAGCUGAUGUACGAUAUGUGCCGUUACGAACAGGCGUGGAAUGUGGAUCGGAAUAGCGUUUGGUGCGGCGCCUUCCUGCCUGAGCAGAUAACAGUCUUCGAGUACCUGGAAGAUCUGAAGUACUACUAUGGAUCGGGCUAUGGGUUCCCCGAAAAUGCGCACCUGAACUGCCGCCUUGUACAGGAUAUGCUCACCCACCUGAGCAGCCAGGUGUCGCCUCAUGUGGUGGCUCACUUUGGCCACUCCACGGGUCUCCUGACCCUGCUCACUGCCCUGGGACUCCAGAAGGACGACAUAAAACUGAGGGCCGAUAACUACGAUAGCUUGACCAGUCGUCGCUGGAAGACCAGCCUGAUCGAUCCGUUUGCCAGUAAUUUCGUGGCAGUGAAGUACGAUUGCCCCGGGAGUCUGGAUCCCGAGAAGGUGAUGUUCCUCCUCAACCAGCAGACCGUCCAGCUGGACUGGUGCAACGUGGGCCUGUGCAAGUGGUCCGAUGUCCUGGAGAAGUACAAGGCCAUUUCGGAGGCGGACUGCGGGGAAUACUUCUGCCGGGCGGGCGGAGCUCCGUCGCUGCGAUCCGGAAUGUCUGGACUCCUGGCCAUCCUGGCCUUUGUGGCCUACUUAAUGCACUAACUUUCGAUAGGAAUAGUUCUUAAUUCGUAAUGUACAAAACAAAGUUCGUACCAAAUGGAGGGCCGCCUCACCUCGACGGCGGAUGUCAGUCAAGUAUUUUUCGAUUUAGAUUUUCUACUUUUAAUCCAGCAAAAAGCACAAAACCUCUCACACAGUCGAAAAACAACAACACAACACAAGAACCACCCACACCCAGACACGGAAAUAUUCAACUUAACGGUUUUUCUAAACGCUUAACGAACGUUGACGGCGCUGCAGUCAGAAAUAGCUUUAUAUUAACUAAAUAAAAUGAGUAUUUAAAAUGUG